AAUAGAAAGGGUGAAAAUGAGACCACCAUGCAAUUGAUGGAUGAUUGAUGAGAAUGGGUAUAUGGAAUGGGAUUGAUUGAGUGAAGAGACAGUGAGAGGAAAGUUGGAGGAAGGCGAAAUUGUUUGUAGGAAGAGGGACAGAAGGGGGGGGAUUUAUUGUCAGUCACAGAUAAUUCAAAGCAGGAAGUGCCGUGUAUCUGUCGACCAUGGCAAUGACAUUAUACAGGGAAAGUACGCGCCACAGAAAUCGGGGUUUGCUCCUGCCUUGGUGUCUCCUGAUAGACGUCAUUAUGUCGUCCCAUGGUUCUGUCCCCAAAACAUCGUCUCGUCCCUCCCCUAUAGGGAAGAUCCAUUCCAUGCGCCAUACACCCUGUGAGGUGUCUUGCCCUUGCUUCACACGGCAGGGCGGUAGGCAAACGGCAGAGCACCAGACGUACACGGAUUGCUCGAUGAUAAUUAUGUCACAGUCCAGCUAUAGCACCGUACACAGUACCGAAUGCACAGUAUCGAUUCGAUCGCCAGCCCCAUCUUGAUCUGCAUUGAUCAAAUUCCCUUCAUCGAAUAAAGUAGUUGUUAACCAAGUUUCUUGAUGAGAUGAAUCUUGCCUGGGCGUGCAUCCAAGCUUUCCCCACAUCAUUCCAGCGCUAACUA